UCGCGCUCCUGCGCCGUGCCAAUUGUCAUUCACUACAAACACCGGUGACUGUGCAGCAGCCUCCCGCCUUGCUCGACACAAUCCAGAGCCGAGUCAGACAUUGAAGAGUGCUCCCGCGGCCCGGUGAAAAUGCCUUUGGAGGUCGCACUCACCUCAUGGCAGAAAGUUACUACAUCACCCCGUCCGACUCAACGGGCUCCUCCGGCUCCAAAUUCGGCUCGGGCAGUUCGCGCUCAGGACGAGACGGCAAGACGCCCAAGAGGGAGCAGGUCGCUGCCGCGUGCCUCCAGUGCCGCAGCAAGAAGGUCAAGUGCGACGCCGUGCGUCCCUUCUGUGGCCGUUGUCGCCAGCGCAGGCUGCAGUGUGAGUACGACGUCGCCGAGCCCGACGUCACCAAGCUCGAGGCGGCCAAACGACGAAACGAGGAGAUGCAAGACCAGUUGAGCGCCAUGAGGGAGCUCUAUGCAGCCCUGGCAACGAGGUCCGAGGUGGAAGCAGCACGGAUACUUCACUUGAUACGGGCCAACACCAAUGACCCCUUUGCAGUGCUUCGUGCUGUGCAAGAGGCGGAUCUGUUGCUGCGUCGUGCUGCGGGCGCACGCAAUGACCAUGAUCGCGUUCCAUGACCGUCGCGAAUCCGGCACCAAAUGAUCCUGCCUGCCACUGGGAUGCCCACGUGCCGCCUGCUACGUCCUUUUGGCACGUCAGCAUGUCGGACGCAGGUCGCGGUAUUCCAGGCUAUGAGGGCAUGUUAGUUUCGGUGCUCUGCUGCCGCAGCAAUGCAGAGCGUAGGGUCGGCCCUGAACAGAACUUGAAGUGCGGUUAGGCUUCCGAAUUUCACACAACGUCAAGAUGAUCCAUGGCUUAUCGCCAGUCGUCAUAUUGACGCAUCAUACCGGCCGUACUCAGCGUUGGAGUCCCGUCGCGAAGCCCGCGAGCCACUUAGACCAAACAGCCAAACGUGCAAUGGACGCAGUCAAAGCCCUUGUACCUAAGGGAAAUUCAAAGUCAGCAGUAUGCCUCAUU